GAUUAGGCACUUCAACCAAUCAAACAGAUUGAAUCGGAUUAGAUCCUCAUACUCAAAAAAAAAUACUCAACCGCUACAAAUAUAUUGAGUCACAAAAUAAGUUAAAAUUUCAAACAAAAAAAUCUAUGAAUCUAAACCAACUUAAGGUGGAACGAAACAAGGAUAAGCUACGCCGGCUAGCGCAGAAGGAUGGCAACAAGCUUUGCUUUGACUGUGGCGUGCGGGGUCCCCUGUAUGUGGUGACGGACUUCUAUAUCCUUGUGUGUUCUAUUUGUAGCUCUACACAUCGCUCUUUCCAACAUAAGGUGAAAGGCAUUUCGAUGUGCACAUUUGCAGACAAGGAAGUGACUGGAGUCGAGGUUGGUGGUAAUGACGUUGCUGCACAAAUAUGGCUCGCUCAUUUCAAAGGCACUAAACCCCGCUCCGGGGAUGUCCAUGCAAUUCAAAACUUCGUUGAGAGCACGUUCGUAAAGGAGUUAUAUGUUGAUAAGGCAAAAAAGGAAGAAUUCAAGAAAAGUAUCCAAAACGAGCUGAACCCUGAAACCAAACCACACGUGUCAACAGCAGAAACAACACUAGUGAGCCCACUAUCUGCUCAGAUCAAUGCACCAGCCCCUCAAGCUAGGUCCUCUGUGCCUGUUGUGGCUGCUACUCAGCGGCCACAACCUCCACAAGUCGACCUUUUCAAUGGCUUCUCUGCGGCACCGGCUCCUGUGAGCACGACUCCGUCCGCUAGCAAUCCUGAUAACCCCUCUAAUGCUAAGCCAACAACCAACCUCCUUCAAGACCUCUUUUCUGUUCCUCAAGCAACUCAACCAUCUCAACUGGUACCCCAGCCCAGCUACAUGCAGCCUCCUCAAAUGCAGCAGCAUUUGGCGGCAGCCCCCUACAGUGGUCAGGGGAACGCUGUUGGCAGCUUCCCCAGCUACCCUGCGCAAAAUCUUGAGAAUUUUUAUACUUCAUCGUAUAACUCUGACCCGGUACCAGUCGCACAGGAGAACCGUUUCCAAAACCAAGGAAGAUACAGUAACUUUAAUGCAAACAGCACGCCCAACAUCACACCCGUCGGGCUACAACAACAACCUCAAAUGACCGAAAUCCGAGCGCCUCAACCGCCUUUCAGUAAAAUGAAUAGUGUAGACUUUUUUCAGCCCACAGAAACAAAUUUAUGGGGUUCUAAUCCCCCCUCAGCGUCGGCGGUGACGACUCAUCAACCUGCAAGGGGAAUAGGGGCGGAGAUCCGUUCAAAUGAUAAAAUAUUUGCUUCUCUGGAUCCGUUUGGAAUGAAGUAACCUUUAUCGCUAAACGUAUAUAUGUAUAUAUAUUAGAAGUCAAACAUUUAACCCUUUUGUCACUCCUACCUUGCUGUCAUAA